GUGAAUUCAAACUUGAAAACUUGCCCCUUGAGAUUUUACCCACACGCUUACAAGGCACAACAGAGAGAAGCCUAAUAACAAAUAAGGAUAUCUACAAUAUAAUACUCAGCAUCACCCAUCACCACCCACCCAUUAAUUGAAAUGAAAUUCAACGACACCACCCUUUACUCCUACCUUCGACCACACAAAAAAGUUUCCAACUUGUGAAUUUCCCAGCUCAAAAUCACUCGCUUUGCUUACUGGGUCAUCUCCGAGCUAUGCGUGGAGCUGAAGGUGGUGGUGGUGGUGGUGGUUGUGCCGUCAGAGGCGGUAAUAUCUACUGGGGAAGAAAAGAGGAAACUGAUUUCAGAGGAAUCGUUGUGAUCUUUGCUUGGGUUUCUGUUCCACACACCUUGUUAAGGGAUUUUGUUGAUCUUUACUCCUCUUUGGGGUGGAAUUCCCUUGUUUGUUAUGCCCAUUAUCUCUCUGCGUAUGUUUCUUUUUUUUUCCCUUGGAAUUCCCUCUUUGUUUUUGGGCUUUCAACGUUGUCGUUUCUUUUAUCUCUAACUUCUAGGCCAGUUUUUUUAUUUUUCUCAUUUGAUUUUGUUUUUGCUCGAGUAUUGUUUUGAUCGGUUGUUAGAUGGAAUCAGGGGAACAACCGUAGAAAAUUGCUGGAAUUAGUGUUAGAGGAGGAUGAAAUGUUGAAAAAAAUCAGAACUUUAUUGCACGAUUUGAAGUGGUAAAACUAGGCUGUUGCAUAUUAUUAGUAUUUCUUGGUCAUGGAAAGUAUAAUCUUGGUAUCGGUUUAUUCUGGAUGAUUUUGAGGUUUUUCUUUCAAAUCGUGGUACUUCUGGUACACAGUAGUUGUUUUUUUUUUCUUGGGGUUUAUUUGCUUAUUUUUUAUUUUUCUAUGAGCAAGAAGAGAGGCAUGGCGCAUGGACAUACAUGCCACAGGCUUGAGAGAGGACAGCUAUUGAGUUGUAUGUCAUAUUUGCCUAACCAUGUGAAAUUAUUAUAGAAGCAGAAGUUUGGCUUGGAAGAUGCUUUACAUGUGAAAGUAGUGGAAUGCUAUUUAAUGCCAAACCUUUGAUCUUUUGUCGGCACCUUUUCUUAAAUUGGGUUUAAGCCAUGCAUUAGUUUUUGUCUCCAAGUUGUGAAGAAGAGAGGUAUUAUUAUGAAGUUCGUGGAUAGUUGGUGGAAUGGAAACUAUAUGCUACCCUGCUUUGUUAAAUUGAAUUAGAGGGGACCAUUCGGUGAAAAUGGAAUAAAAUGUUACUCCAAUAUUUGAUGGGAUGCAAUCUUUGUCUAGCUUACGCUAAGAAAAUUAAGAGACCUGGGUUGGAGAGGUGUAAUUAUUGACUGGAGGCAAUAAAUGUUGACUAUUUUAAGACAGCUAUGGAUUUAGCUGCAACUCUUAAUGGAAAUUUGUUCUCCCAUUUUCAUAUGUUGGGAAAUGUCAAAGACUUGCCUGCACAUACAUUUCUCUACAUCUUACAUGUUGAAGUGAGCUCUGUGACAAAGUUCAAAUAGUUUUACUUCAAGUGCUGAAAAAGUGAAAGGAAAAAGUUCUACUUCUAGUUAGAUUGAGGAGAUUUAGAAUGGAACUGUGAUCGUAAGAGUAUGUAAGGAUAAUGGAUUGUCAAAUAUUACUAAUAAUAACAAUAUAUUAAGUGUACUUGUAUGUGGCUUGGUGUUAUAUGAUUUAUCUGGCCAAAACUUUAAGAGACAUGCUCAAGUAAAGUAACCUACUAAAUCUAUGUUGAGAUUCCAUGAUGACAAUGCCAUGCCAUUGGCAUUAUGUGUUAUUGAUGAACUUAUUAAGGAGCUGAGGACUAGGUCAUGUCCAGUUGUAUUUGCUGCAUUUUCGGCUGGGUCAAAAGCUUGUCUGUACAAAGUAUUUCAGCUUAUUGAUGGAAGAUGUGAAGCUUCACUAAAUUUGCCAAACUAUCAAUGGCUUAGCAACCUUGUUUCUGGACAUAUAUAUGAUUCUGGUCCACUAGAUGUUACAAGUGAUUUUGGCUUCCGCUUUGCUUUGCACCCUUCUGUUGCGAAAGUGCCUGGACCAUCAAAGCUUGUUUCUUGGGUAUCAAAGUCUGUUGCUUCUGGCUUGGAUGCUUUAUACCUUACUAGAUUUGAAUCCCAAACUGCUGAACACUGGCAGGCUUUAUAUUCUUCUGUUAAUUUUGGAGCUCCAUUUCUCAUUUUAUGUUCUGAGAAUGAUGACCUUGUGCGAUGCCAAAGUAUCUAUGAUUUUGUCCAACGACUACGCAAUCUCAAUGCUGAUGUCAACCUUGUAAAUUUCAGUAGCUCCUCUCACCUUGGUCAUUACAAACACCAUCCGAUCCAAUAUAGAGCAGCAGUAAACCAUUUAUUAGAGAAGGCUGUUUCAAUAUAUUCACAAAAAGUUAUACUUGAACGAGAAAGAAUUGGUAUUGAUGGUUCACAGGAUGAGAUAUCUGAGUUAAUAUGCGACCUGCAGAAGGUGGCUAUUAAUUCAAACAAGAGCCUAAGAAGAGUUGCAGUAGGACCAAGUGACCAUUUCUUUUUGCCUAGUUCAGCAGGGCAUUACAGUGAUAGAGAAUCUGGGACUCCACAAGAUGAACAGAAAGAGAAACCUGUUUGUCUGCCUAGCUUGCCAAGCAUCAGUGCUCAUAGUGUCCUUGGCCAAUUUCUUUUUGAUGUUUGUGUCCCUAAGAAUGUUGAGGGUUGGGAUGUGAAAUUCUCUGGGAAUCUAAAUGGGAGGUUAUGUGCUUCAGCUCCUAGGCAUUCACCUUUCAGAGGUUUUAAACGGAUCGGUCGGUCCAGAUUAUAAAGUUUUUCUCAUAUCUGACUUGAGGAGAUACUUUGUGAUAAACUUGUUUGAAACAUCAGCAGUUUUCCUAGACAUUACACGAAGAUAUGAUAGAUCUUGGUGAAAUAAUUGGCCAUCGUGUCUGGCUGUGGAAGUGUAAGGGUUGCAACUUGGAAUUGUUCAACUAUUAAUUCCUUGGCACUUACAAGAAAAUGAGGAGUGAUAUGGGUAAAGAUUACUUGAAAUCCAUCCCAUGUGGUUGCCCUUAGAAAUGAACAGGUGAUCAUGACUGUUAUCAUACUGAAAGGAGAGCUUCUGAUGGUCCAACUUGUUGAUACUUGGCUGGGUAACUACUCACUAAGUAAUUAAAUGCAUUUACAUGAAAUGAGAUAAAAUGUACUGACUUAUUGUAGUUAGACAAAGAAAAUAGCUGUAUAUAUUAUAUUAUUUUUGAGGGAAUAAAAAGUGUCAUGCUUGAGGCUGGAAGAAAGUUGUAAAUUAGACAUGUCUAGCAAUGUACAAAAAGGAACAAGGGUUAUCAUCUCCUUCCCAUUUUUACUCGUUUUGUUUGUUUGCAGUUAUUAUCAUCUUAACAAUCUUGAUG